UAGAUUUUACCCAAAUUGUCCCCAAAUAUUAGCCUUUUCCCCUUCUCUCUCUAGAUCGCAGCAAUGGCAGCGGCCACCAAGAUCGGGAUCAUGGACGGCGCCUAUUUCGUCGGCAGGGGCGAGAUCCUCUCUUGGAUCAACGCCACCCUCCAGCUCAACCUCACUAAGAUCGAGGAGGCAGCUUCUGGAGCUGUUCAGUGUCAAAUGAUGGAUAUGAUUCGCCCAGGUCUCGUUCCUAUGCACAAGGUGAAUUUUGAGGCGAAGUCAGAGUAUGACAUGAUCCAGAAUUAUAAAAUUCUGCAAGAAGCAUUUGCAAAGUUGAAAAUUGAAAAGCAUAUUGAAGUUAAUAAACUGGUUAAAGGAAGGCCGUUGGACAACUUAGAGUUCUUACAGUGGCUAAAGCGCUAUUGUGAUUCUGUGAAUGGUGGCAUAAAAAAUGAGAAUUAUAAUCCCGUGGAAAGAAGAAGCAAGGGAGGACGAGGUCCAAGAGGCUACCAACGUUCCAGCAAAUCGCUGGUAGCGAACAAUUCAGCUAACUGUGACUUAAUGAAGGAUGCAAGCCACAACAUUUCCAGUCCCAGGGCAAGACAAGUGCAUGCUACACCUAAUGUGGAUAACACUAGAGAGCAGAUCCAAGAACUAACUGACAAGAUUGCAGAUAUUAAGUUGUCAAUGGACACCAUGGAGAAAGAAAGAGAUUUCUACUUUGCAAAGUUGCGAGAUAUCGAAAUCCUUAGCCAAAGUCCUGAGUUAGAGCACCUUCCGAUGACGAAAGCAAUAAGGAAAAUUUUGUACGCUGCUGAAACGAAAGAUUCUGAUUCAUUUGAUGAAGCUGAAGAACUUCCAAGCGAAUCAUCACCUGAUAAUACAGGAUCAGUAGAUGGCGACGAAGACCCUAACGAGAUAACUGAGUAAUUUGCAGUACUGCAAAGAUGUGCAUUAUGAUGGAAAGCUUUCACCUUUGGAUUUAACAUGAAGCAAAAUGCAUACAGCGUGCUGCUGCAGGAAGUUGGAACUGUUGACCAUUUUACAACUCACAAAUUGUUAAACUGGAGUAUUUGCUGUAUUUUCUUGUCUAUUUGCUUUUUCUAUCGACCAUUCUCUGUUGCUAAUUUGAAGUGUAUGUAUCAGAUUUUACCUUUGCUGAGUAUGAGAACCUUUGUAUGUACAUUUAUUUUAUCUUGAGUGAACCUUGUCAUGAAUCU